AUGCCUGGUGGAGGCGUUGUACUCGCGGCUACGACCGAUGUCAACCGCAUUGAGGCUCCAGUGAUCAGGAAGGCGUACUUGAUGUGCGCCUUUGCUGCCUUCGGCGGUAUCUUCUUCGGCUACGAUUCUGGCUAUAUCAACGGCGUAAUGGGUAUGCGGUACUUCGUUCAUGAAUUCACCGACCUCCCAUAUCCAGCGGCAGACGCUACUGAGGCAGAAAAGGCUGCCUUUGUGAUUCCAGCAUGGAGGCAGUCCUUGAUUGUUUCUAUCCUGUCCGCUGGCACAUUUAUCGGAUCCAUUGUCGCAGGUGACGUUGCAGACUUCCUUGGCCGCCGAACGACUAUUAUCGCGGGACGUGGGAUCUUCUCCGCGGGAGUUAUUGUGCAAGUCGCAGCUACAGCGUAUGAUCUCCUUGUUGCUGGUCGUCUCAUCGCAGGCCUUGGAGUGGGCUUUGUAUCAGCUAUAAUCAUUCUUUAUAUGUCUGAGAUUGCCCCGAAGAGAGUCCGCGGCGCUAUCGUGUCAGGUUAUCAGUUCUGCAUCACUGUUGGCAUCAUGCUUGCAAGUUGUGUCGUCUACGGAACUCAGAACUAUACCGACUCGGGCUCGUACCGGAUUCCCAUUGCGAUUCAAUGGGUCUGGGCCCUCCUCCUUGGUAAAUCUGUUGGCCUAGCAUGCCUUCCUGAGUCACCCCGCUACUUUGUCAAGCGUGGAGAGCUCCAGAAAGCAACAAAAGCGUUGGCGAGACUCCGUGGACAGCCUGACGACUCAGAAUAUAUUCAACAAGAACUCGCCGAGAUCGUGGCUAAUCAUGAAUACGAACUUCGUGCCACUGGCGAAGGAGGUUAUCUCCAGACUUGGCUCAACUGCUUCAAAGGAUCUAUCUUCGACCCGAAGUCAAACUUGCGUCGUACUAUUCUCGGGACCUCGGCGCAGAUGAUGCAACAGUGGACCGGAAUUAACUUUAUCUUUUAUUUCGGCACAACAUUCUUCCAAAAACUAGGUUCUAUCAACAAUCCGUUCCUUAUUUCGCUUGUAACGACGUUAGUCAACGUGUUCUCAACACCUCUCUCCUUUUGGACUGUAGAACGCUUCGGCCGUCGUCCACUCCUAAUCUGGGGAGCCCUAGGGAUGGUUGUUUGCCAAUUCAUCAUUGCGAUAGCCAGAACAGUUGAUGGUGCAAGUCCAGCUACAGUGAAAGCGGAAAUCUCUUUUAUAUGCGUCUAUAUUUUCUUCUUCGCAUCGACCUGGGGCCCAGGAGCUUGGGUGGUCGUUGGUGAAACGUUCCCACUGUCCAUUCGGUCUCGGGGUGUGGCUCUCUCGGUUGCGUCUAACUGGCUGUGGAACUGCGUCAUCGCUAUCAUUACUCCCUACAUGGUUAACCCAGACCAAGGAAAUCUCGGGGCCAAAGUAUUCUUCGUCUGGGGCGCACUUUGCAUCGGUUUGCCUCUUGUGGGCUUACUUCUUGCUAACCGCGGAACAGGUCUCUCACUGGAGCAGGUUGAUGCCCUUCUCGAGGAAUCAACCCCACGAAAAUCUGCCAAAUGGGUCCCAACUAAGACAUUUGCCCGCGAAAUGGGCAUCGAUGGGUCGGGUGUUCUGAAAGGGGAAAUUGUUGAAGAUGUCGAACGUAGAGGUUCGGUCUUUUAG